AUGGAUUUCCCUCAAUUUUUAACAAUACCUGCAACAGGUGAUAAGAUUCCGAUUGUCGCAUUUGGUUCAGGUACUCGGUGGCAGAUCAAGAAAAAAGGGGAGAAUGGGGGCCCGGAACAUUCGAAAGGUGUCGUUGAUAAAGACCUUGUAGAGAUGCUUAAAUCAGCCGUCAACCACGGCUUUAUUCAUCUCGAUACGGCAGAAAUUUACACAACUAGAAGAGAUGUUGGUGCUGCAUUGAAAGAAAUUGAAAUGCCUCGUGAGAAGUUGUGGAUCACUGAUAAGUAUCAUCCUGGCAGUGAAGAUAGAGAGGGUAAUCCAAGAGGUCCCUACGAUUCUUUGAAAGAAGGUCUUGAACUAAUGGGUACUGAUUACGUUGAUAUGUAUCUUCUUCACACAGCGAAUUUCACUGACGAUGGUUUCCCCUUCGAGAAAGCAUGGCCUGAAAUGGAACGGUUAUAUGAGGAAGGAUUGGCCAAGAAUAUUGGAGUGUCCAAUUUCGACGUCGCCAAUUUGAAGAGAAUUAUCAAGACUGCCAAAUAUAAACCUGCUGUCUGUCAGACCGAAUUCCAUGCCUAUCUUCAGGACCAAUCUACGGGCAUCAGGCAGUAUUUGAAAGAUCAUCACAUCCUUAUGGAGGCUUAUGCUCCUUUGUCACCUUUAACUAGAGAUAAAGACGGUCCAUUGAAAGAGCUCCUUCCUAAGCUUAGUAAGAAAUACGGAAGAUCGGCCACUCAGAUCUUACUGAAAUGGGCCCAUCAACAGGGAAUUGUGACCGUCACCACCACAUCCAAAGAAAGUCGUAUGGACGAUAUUAUGAACAUGUUCGACUUUCAAUUAAGGCCUGAAGACAUUCAGUUGAUCAGUGAUACCGGUAACACACACUUCUACAGAGCUUUCAAAAUUCCUCCUCUUCCGACUUACGAUACCGAAUUGAAAAUUCAAAGAGGCAUAGCUAAUUAG